ACACAUAGGUUUCUGUGGAAGUGCAGAGAGGAGGCAGGGAAGCGUCGCUGGAGCGGGGAAUGAUGGCGGAGAGCGAGAAGGAACAAGUUUGAUACCGGAGCCAAGCUGGAAUCUCGGGCGAGCUUUUCGGCGUCUCGCUCGGUAAAGCAACUAGAUGACUUCACUUGAGUCGAGAAAACAGUGCUCCAGAAAAUCUCUGCUGGACCCAUGGCAAUGGUUGCCUGAACUUGUACUGUAGUUCUCCAUAAGAACAUUUGCAAGAGGUCCUUUGUUUUAAAACCAAGCUGCAGGAAUAAACAACCAAAAUGAUCAAAACGGAAAGCAAAGGAGGGGAGAGGAGCCUAAGAAGUGCGUCACCUCAUAGAAAUGCAUACAAGUCUGACUUCCAUGCCAUUAAAUGCACCUUCGAUGGGCCAAAGCCUGAGGAUACAUCCAGAUCGUUUGCAAAUGGAUCCAAUGAAACCAAGGAAGAGUCGCGGGGCAGGCCUUUUGGAACCAGAGUGAAUAAGAUCAAGAACAUAUUCCUACAAAUGGAUGGACAGCAACAGGAGUCUCAAGAAGGGAAACCAGCUUUAAAGUCUGAAGUUCCACAUAGUUCACCAACAAAGCUGCAGUUCCCAGUCAACACUCACAGAGUUCAUUUGAACAGUUCUUCAAACCCUGAAUUCCAAAAUUUAGAUAAAACACCCAAAGGGGAAGAUGUUGAGAUUGACAAAGUGGCUUUGGCUGAGAAGUUUUCUGUGACCAGAAAACUCUUUGAAAGAGGGAUCAAAGAGCAGCCGAUAGCAGAAAAACAGUCCACAACGAGAGUGGUUCAUCGGUUCUCCCUUGGAAGUACCUCAGAUGAAGACAAAAGCCCAAGGAGACUGUCAGAAAGCAAAGAGAGUGCUGGCAAACUGCAGCAAACUCAUACAUCUCCUGCUAAAAGUUGCUCUGAUGAGUUAGCUGAUGGCGAAAGAAGGCAUGUGUCUAGAGUGUCACUCAAUGCAGGACCUUUGUCAAAGAGGUUAGAAAAUUAUAUAGUAGAGAAUGACUCAGACGACAACAACACAUUGGUAGGGAAAGGAGGCGUGGCAUCGGCUAAACAACACACUACCGCUCAACACACGCAGCCUACAUUUGUGUCCACAGCUGGUUUACACAAACCUACUUCUCCUGUUAAGGAAGCUACUGACUCUUCUUCAGUCAAUAUGCUCAUCAAAAAUAAAGACAACAAAUCUGGAUCAUGGGGAUCAAAUUUAGGUAAUAAAUCAACAAUGCCAGCUAGUGUUACUGGUUCCUCAAUGGCAAAUACAACUCCAAAACUUUGCUCAUCAGAGCAACUGACCUCAGUUACCCAUGACAACAAGUUUCCCUCCUCGUCUGUUGAUAAAUUUAAUAGGACAUCUGUUGGUGAUAAAGGUAAACCGUCUAGUUCCCCCCCAAGGGAUGAGGAACAGCCUUUGCUGUCAGCUGGUGGAUUGCUAAAUAAACAGGCAGAAAAACCCAAGAGUAAUGAUGACCCAGCUCUUGGCCAAACAGGGCCUGACUCCAGAGGGGGGAGCACAGUCCGGGCCGAACUGGUGGUGGUACAGAACGAAUCCUCUGACAGCGAAGAGGACGAUAUCGCUGAAGAUAAUGUAAUUGAGAAAAAGGAAUGCGUCAAAGAGCUACAGAGAGGCUUUCAAACAGGACAAAGCCUCAACCCUGCUCAUCAGAACCUUUCACAAGAGGAUACAGAUGAUGAAAGGGAGGGAGAUGCCUUAGAUGGUGGUUUGGAGAAGGAGCAUGAGGGCUUAGUUGUGAGUCAGGAUUGUAACAAUACCUACGAAGAUGAUGAAGCAGCAGCGGAGGAGGAUGAUACACCAGAGAAGCAAGUGGAGGAGAACAGUCUUGAUAGAGUCUCUCCUGUGGUGUAUGGUAUAGAGAAUGCAGCAUUUGUGGAUGACAGAGAUAUAGACCAGGUCAUCAGGGAAGAGGAGGAGGAGGAAGAUGAGGAGGAGGAGCAAACCGAUGGGGAUUAUGACGACAUUUAUGAAGUCCCUGGUCUAUCAGAGGAGGAUGAAGCUCCUCCAAAAAGGAAAAUCAAGUUCUCCACUGAUCCCAUUUUGGUCUUUAGUACCUUCUCCAAUGAGGAUUAUGAUCGCAGCAAUGAUGAUGUGGACCCAGUCGCAGCAUCUGCAGAGUACGAGCUGGAAAAGAGAGUGGAGAGGAUGGACGUGUUUCCUGUGGAGAUUGAGAAGGGGGAUAAUGGGCUUGGCAUCAGUAUCAUAGGAAUGGGAGUGGGAGCAGAUCAGGGUUUGGAAAAACUUGGAAUUUUUGUAAAAACUAUAACAGAGAACGGAGCAGCUGAGAAAGAUGGACGGAUACAGAUGAAUGACCAGAUAGUGGAAGUUGAUGGUACCAGUCUGGUAGGAGUGACCCAGCUGUUUGCUGCAACUGUCCUAAAGAACACUAAAGGCACAGUGAGGUUUCUGAUUGGUCGAGAGAAGCCAGGAACUCAGAGCGAGGUGGCCCGCCUCAUCAGUGAAACACUUGAACAGGAGAAGAACCAGCAGCAACAAGACCUGGAUGAUCCUUAUGACCACUCUACAGAGGAGGAGGAGAGGUAUGAAGACGAUGACACGAUAGAAGAACGAAUUCUUGGGUCCAAUUUCUCUCCAGGAAGAAAUGUAGAGGUGUUCGAGCUGCCUGAUUCUGAGUCGUUGUUCAUGCCAGGGGAAAUGAACAGCUCUCAGAUGGCUUUCAAAUUCAAAGAGCUGCAACUGAAGCACAGCAUUGCUGUGGCUGAAAUAAAUCAACUAACGGAAAAGUUAAGGAAAUCGGAGGAGGACAAAUCUUUGUGGGAAGAAAGGGAAUCUGCACUGGAGCAAAAAAUUGAGGAGAGCAAUGAAAAAAUCUUAAAGCUGGAGAAUUACUGGCUGGAAGCCCAGGCUGUGUGCAAGAGUGUGAAUGAGCAAUUAGCUGAGAAUCAGGCUCAGUAUGAGGCCCUGGACAAGAAGUACAACAAGGCCAAAAAACUUCUCAAAGACUACCAGCAGAAGGAAAUAGAUUUUGUGAAGAAAGAGGAAGAACUGAAAAAGAUCCUAGAUGAAAAAGACAAGUGGUACAAGGAGCAGCUGGGGAGCUUACAGAACAGGAUUGCUGCCCUGGAGUCCAGAGGUGCUUCAGCUGUGGAAUGCCAUAGUGGUCUGGACUCUGCUGCUGAAGAGAGACUUGGCAGACAGGACUCGGUUUCUAACUCACAAUCUAAUGAUUCACUGUUAGAUCAAGACUGGACUGAACUGGUCCCUGAAACCAGGCUCCUGGACACCAGUGCUCAGCGGGCAAAAUGCCGGCUGGCUCAGAUGAGCAGGCGUCAGGCUCCGUCUCGGUCCAAAUUGAAAGAAACCUUAGCCAGUCCAUCUCGCCAUUCUCAGGAAACUGAAGAAGAGGACGAGCAGGAGGAGCAGGAAUCUGCUGGGAGGCGGCGGUCAGUGCAGGAGAGUCUGGCCCUCCCUGUCAACGUCUGCUAUCCUGGAAACGGACAGAAAGACAUUCAAGGCGAGACCAGAGAUGCUUCCAAGAGCAAAGCGGAGCUGUCCAGUAGUCCAUCUCUGUCACCAUCGCUGGGGGAUAGUAUUGAAAGCAGUGGUAGUCCGUUGUCUUCCCCAAAACACACCUCCUCACCACAAUCUCCCUCUGGUUUUAUGCGAAACGCUAAGAAGAGGGAAUCCAAAGGCAAAGGGAAGGAACUCAAAGAGGAGCUCAGCGAGCCUUCUACUUCAAAACAUAAGAGACGGUUUCCAGAUUUUGGAGGCCUUCGCAAGUCUGGUGGCAAAGGGAAAAAAGACAAAGAGGCCAUGAGAGCUUCUCUGGAGAGCAGGGGGUCUGCAGAGUUACUAGAGGAAUCCGGAGGGAACCUUUCUCCUGCAGAGUCGAUGACCUCUGUCCCCACCUGUAUGCCGUUCUCCUGGUUUGGAGACAAAGACAGGGACAGAGAGCCGUCCUCAUCCACUAGCAGCCUGCCAUAUACUACAAAUGAAACCAGCAGUGAGCAAAGCCAGGACCGUAGACAUAAGAGUUUUUCAGUCAUAGAUGAUUCUAGCCCUGCCAGCGCCAGUUCAGACAUCUCUGGGUUAGUCGCUGAACCCAAUCUGUCUGGGCGCUCACACACUUUAAUCUUCUCUUCCAGCGAGACCUUGGAUGAUGAACCAAUCCCUGUUGGAAAAGAAUAUCAGUGGCAGAACCGGCCCAUCUCUGAGUGGACCCAUCAGCAGGUCUGUCACUGGUUAAUGGGCAUGAAUAUGGACCAGUACACACCUGAAUUCACUGCAAAGGGAAUCGAUGGCCAGCAGCUUCUGCACUUAGACAGUGACAAACUGAAGGCACUUGGUGUGUCCAGUCAAAGUGACCGCUCUACUAUCAAAAAGAAGCUGAAGGAAAUGCGGAAGGCCCAGGAGAAGCUGGAAAAACAGCGAGAGAAAAGAGAGAAGGAGGGUCGACGCAGUGGGAGACUACCAGUCCAGGGUGACUCUAUCUGCUGAUCGGAGCCGUUUCCCCUGAUUGAAGCCUUCCCUUGACUUUUAAUCCUGUUCAGAACUUCAAAAAGACAUUUGUUCUUCUUAAUUCCAUGAUGUUUCUUCAAGAAAACCACAGUGGAUAACACUGCUAGUUUGGCCAGCUGGGACUUCCUGUGUUUAACUUUUGUUAUUAUGUUUGGCAAUUUUUUACCUGUGCAGCUGUUCCUAUGGCUUAUUUUUUUUCCUCCACAAUCCAGAGACACAAAAUGAAUGAACUAGAGUCUCUAAAUGUCCCCUUGAUUUAGGUUUAACUUUGAUUAUUUGUCUCUGACUGACAACCAUCCUUCUGUGACUACAGGAUAAAUUGAGUUGAUUCUAGGUCUUCUCAGACUCUUAAAGGACCAGAGGCGGUUGUUGAUAUUCUUAAUAUUCCUUUUAUCACAUGCAUUAACUUUUUUUUUUUUAUGUUUGGUAAAAGACCAAGAAAAAAAAAAGAGAUUCUAACAUUUUUACCACUUAAGAUUGACACUAUAAUUAAUGAGAUUCAUUUUCUAUUAUAAUGUAGUUUUUGCAAAUCAUGCACAAAUUGACUGAUGAAAGGCAAAUGUAUGUGGCUUUUUUUAUAUAUAUAUAUACAUGUGUGUACGUGUUGAAAUGCUAUGUCUGAGUAUGUUCAGGUUUUGGCUGGAACACUUAUUGUACAGUUCAGAUAAAAGCACUAUUAGUCUCUUAAGCAUCAAAGGGCAGCAAGGUUUUAAAUGUAUAAAUAUGCUUAAUACAUGUGCCUGUAAACUGCAUUUUUACUUAAAUUCCUUUUUUUAUUUUUUACUAUCUUAAAUUUUUCUACUAAGUAGAAUAUCCAAGCUAUUUUUCUCUUUAUGGCUGAAAGGAAAGAACUGAGAUUAUUACCUAGUAGGGACCAGGUGAAUGCUGCUGCUGGGUGCCUGACUCUGUUUGGUACCAUGAUGCCCUGUAAAGUGAUGAGGACCUGUUCAUCGAUUGCCGUUUCACAUGUGAAUGCAGGGCUAAACGAAGAAUAUUCACCUUGAAACCGAAGUGCUUUCUUAAUUCUUAAAUCUAACCCCAAGUUUGUUUGAAAUAUUAAAUGUUAGACCAAAAGAAAACAAUGUUUUCUAAACUCAGUGAAUCUAAUCUUGGUACAUGCAGCAUCAAUAAACUAAUAAUCACCUCUUA